AUGCCGCUCAUUGUCGCUUUCACCACUGCUCAUGAUGCUUGGUCCAAGUUGCAACAAUUGUACGCCAAUCGUUUAUGCACUCGUGUUGUGCAACUUAAGGAGGAGUUGACUCUCAUUCACCGAGAGUCCCGCUUGGUCUCGGAGUAUCUCCACGCCAUCAAGGUAUUAGUUGAUGAACUUGUUGUGAUUGAAUCUCCUAUCUCAGUGGAUGACAUUACUUUGUAUGUCCUUAACGGUUUUGGCCCUGAGUACCGUGAGAUUGCAGCGCCUAUUUGGGCACAUAAGACUUCUCUUACGUUUGAGAAGCUUCAUGAUAUGCUGGUUGGGUAUGAAAGUUACUUACAAUGUGUUGACGUGUCCAAUGUCGUUCUGGUUGCCACUGCGAACUCCACUCAGCACCGCACUUCCGCUUCCACUUUCAACAGUAACCAAUGUUCCAGCCCUGGUUCCACUGGUCAGCGUCGCUCCAAGUCUGGUUGCAAUAAUCACAAGAAGCAGUCUGGUAAGCCCCAAAUUGUUUGUUAG